UAGGCCUCAAUGAGGAGUCCAAAUAUGGAGACAUUCAAACAGCAGAAGGUGGAGGACUUCUAUGACAUCGGAGAGGAGCUGGGCAGUGGCCAGUUCGCCAUCGUGAGGAAGUGCCGGGAGCAGAGCACGGGGCUAGAGUACGCAGCCAAAUUCAUCAAGAAGAGGCAGAGCCGGGCCAGCCGUCGGGGCGUGUGCCGGGAGGAGAUCGAGCGGGAGGUGAGCAUCCUGCGGCAGGUGCUGCACCCCAACAUCAUCACGCUGCACGACGUCUAUGAGAACCGCACCGAUGUGGUGCUCAUCCUCGAGCUAGUUUCCGGAGGAGAACUGUUCGAUUUCCUGGCCCAGAAGGAGUCGUUAAGUGAGGAGGAAGCCACCAGCUUCAUUAAGCAGAUCCUGGAUGGGGUGAAUUACCUUCAUACAAAGAAAAUUGCUCACUUUGAUCUCAAGCCAGAAAACAUUAUGUUGUUAGACAAGAAUAUCCCCAUUCCACACAUCAAGCUGAUUGACUUUGGCUUGGCUCACGAAAUAGAAGAUGGAGCUGAAUUUAAAAACAUUUUUGGGACACCUGAAUUUGUUGCUCCAGAAAUCGUGAACUAUGAGCCACUGGGACUGGAGGCAGACAUGUGGAGCAUCGGAGUCAUCACCUACAUCCUUCUAAGUGGAGCAUCCCCCUUCCUGGGAGACACAAAGCAAGAAACCCUGGCAAACAUCACUGCUGUGAGUUACGACUUUGAUGAGGAAUUCUUCAGCCAGACCAGCGAGCUGGCCAAGGACUUCAUUCGGAAGCUUCUUGUGAAGGAGACCCGGAAACGGCUUACCAUCCAAGAGGCUCUCAGACAUCCCUGGAUCACGUCAAAAGGAGAAGCCAGAGUCCCUGAGCAGUGGAAGACACAACCUGCCCAGCUGAAGACCAAACGCCUAAGAGAGUAUACCCUCAAAUGCCACUCCAGCAUGCCCCCCAACAACACUUAUGUCAACUUUGAGCGUUUUGCUCACGUGGUAGAGGAUGUGGCUCGGGUAGACGAGGGAUGCCAUGCCCUCGCAGGAGCCCAUGAUACCCUGCAGGAUGAUGUGGAGUCUUUGGUCUCCAUCUACAAUGAGAAGGAGGCUUGGUACCGAGAGGAGAACGAGAAUGCCCGCCAUAACCUGUCCCAGCUCAAGUAUGAGUUCCGCAAGGUGGAGUCCCUGAAGAAGCUUCUGAGAGAAGACAUCCAGGCCGCAGGGGCCAGCCUUGGAGGCGUGGCCAGGAAGCUAGACCAUCUGCAGGUGCAGUUUGAGACUCUGAGGCAGCAGCUGUCAGCAGACAUCCAGUGGAUGCAGGAAAUGGUGGGCAUACUCCAGCUGGAGAGUGGGAACACUGACGGCCACGCCUUGGGCUCCGUGUUCCACCAGGACACCAGUGAGUCCCUACCAGAGCUGCUCAACAGAUCACACACGGAGGGGAUCCUGGCCGGCUUGAAUCUCUGAGCACCAGGAUCUAGUCAGUAGUGCAUUCCCAGGGUUUUGUAGAAGCAUGCUGUCUUCCCCUCUGCUGGUGCAUCUAGCUGGAAGUAUCCUGCAGGGUGUGUGUUUGCAGCCUUCCACUCCCUCUAGAGUUCCCCAGCCACUGAGGUCUUAGUUAGUUAGUGGACCUACUCCACACCUCCCUCACCAGCCUGGUUUUCUGAGAGAGUGCUGGCAAAGCAGCUGAGCUGUGGAAACAAUGAGAAAACCUAUCCCCUCAGCAUGCCCUUCUCUGGGGGUAUCUUCCGGGCCCCAGGAAAUGCUUUAUAACUGGGUAAUGAUGACGGAUUGGCUCAUCUCUCACAUUCCACAUGCAUGGUAUAUGAGUGAAGAUCUUGGAUGGACAUAGCUAGGAUAACUUGC